AUGGAAAGGGGAAACAUGAGCUUUCCCAACACUUUUGUCCUCCUGGGCUUCUCAGAGUUUCCAUGGCUGGAGAAGCCCCUCUUUGCAGUGGUCCUGUUCUCCUACCUCCUCACCCUGGUGGGGAACAGCACCAUCAUCCUCCUCUCCCUGGUGGACCCCAGACUCCAGACCCCAAUGUACUUCUUCCUGGACAACCUCUCUCUGCUGGACCUCUGUAUCACCUGCACCAUUGUGCCCCAGCUGCUGGCCAACCUGUGGGGACCAGAAAAGACAAUUCCUUCCCGGGGCUGCAUCACACAGCUCUAUGUUUAUACCUGGGUGGGCACCACUGAAUGUGCCGUGCUGGCCGUGAUGGCCAUUGAUCGCUAUGUGGCCAUCUGCCGGCCCCUCCAGUACACUCUCAUCAUGCAUCCCUCAGUGUGUGUGCAGAUGGCAACUGCCUCCUGGUCCAGUGGCCUGACCAGUUCCCUGCUGCAAGCCACACUCACCCUCCAGCUGCCUCUCUGUGGGCACCACACCCUAGACCACUUGUUCUGUGAGGUUCCUGUGCUCAUCAAGCUGGCCUGUGGGGAAACCUCUGCUAAUGAGCUUGCAAUGGUUGUAGGAAACAUCCCAUUUGCAAUGGUGGCUCCCCUGCUGGUGGUCAUCUCUUACACCUUCAUUGCCAGGGCUGUACUGAAGCUCCCUUCAGCUGAAGGCAGGCACAAGGCCCUUAGCACCUGCAGUUCCCACUUGCUGGUGGUCACCAUGUACUUUGGACCAGGCAUCUACAUGUACCUCCAGCCCCCAGCCAAGAGUUCUCAGGCCAAAUUCCUGUCCUUCUUCUAUUGUGUUAUCACACCAAUGCUCAACCCACUCAUCUACACCCUGAGAAACAAGGAUGUGCAGACAGCAUGGAAGAGGAUCCUGCAAUCCCAGGGCAGGGUCAAGUUUUGGAAACCCAGAAGAUCUCUGCCUGUCUCCUAA